CAAUUCUCAACACAUCUACGAAGGAAGGGCAUACGCGGCAGCCCACUUUUCUGAGCCAGAAGCAAGUAACGCAAAUCUUGUUGUAGUGCAUUUCUACAGAUCCCACCCCCUUUCAAUCCGAUCUCGCUCUCUGCCUCAAAGUCUGUUUUUCACCAUGUAUGCCGGGACUUCAUAAGGACAGAUCACGCUUAGUUUUACUGCUUAAUCGGGCUGUUUAUCAACACACUGGUGCAGUGCGUGGAUUUUCCAUAUAUUAAUCACCGAUUCUGGAAGUGGUGCGUGGACUACACAGCUUCCCCAGGCGGUCCCGCAGUGACCUCACUCCAGGCAGUAUUUCAGCCCAGUCCCAGCACCGCAUCCCGAUGUAAAUAUAAGCAACAUUUUACAUCGUUUUGCUUUUAUUCGAGAAACUCGCACGUGCAUUUUUAUUUAAAUAUCCUCAUCGCACCAGCUAAGGUAGUAAGGAUAGCCAGAGGUUGGAGACGCUGCGUUCAAUUGAAUAGUUUCAGGCCCUGUGAUGGGGGGAGCAAAGAGUAAGCCCAAGGACCCAGGCCAGCGCUCUCGCAGCCUGGAUGGGACCAUCAGCACCAGCGGCUCCCACUACCCCAAGCACCCCCACCCCCAGACACAGACCCCCCAGCGCAGCCCGGCCGGCGCCUCGCAGGCCUGCAGCAGCAGCACAGCCGAUCUCACUCCCUUCGGGGGCGUGGAGCCCAUGGGGGCUGGCCCGCUUGCAGGGGGUGUCACCACGUUCGUAGCACUGUAUGACUACGAGUCUCGGACCGCCACGGACCUGUCUUUCAAGAAGGGAGAGAGGCUUCAGAUCGUCAACAACACGAGAAAGUUGAACAGCAGGGAAGGAGACUGGUGGCUGGCUCGCUCUCUCACAACGGGGAACACUGGUUACGCUCCCAGUAAUUACGUAGCGCCUUCGGACUCCAUCCAGGCGGAAGAGUGGUACUUUGGAAAGAUCACGCGGAGGGAAUCGGAGAGGAUGCUGCUGAACGUGGAGAACCGGAGAGGAACCUUCCUGAUCCGGGAGAGCGAGACCACAAAGGGAGCCUACUGUCUCUCAGUUCUCGACUACGACAACACGAAAGGCCUGAAUGUGAAACACUACAAAAUCCGCAAGCUGGACAGCGGCGGGUUCUACAUCACGUCUCGGACGCAGUUCAGCAACCUGCAGCAGCUGGUCACCUACUACCACAAACACGCAGAUGGACUGUGCUACUGUCUGACCGAGGUGUGCCCCACCCUGAAGCCUCAGACUCAGGGACUGGCCCGGGACGCCUGGGAGAUACCGAGAGAGUCUCUGCGUUUGGAACUCAAACUGGGACAAGGCUGCUUCGGGGAGGUCUGGAUGGGCACUUGGAAUGGCACGACGCGGGUGGCAAUCAAGACCCUGAAAACAGGCACCAUGUCCCCCGAGGCCUUCCUGCAGGAGGCACAAGUGAUGAAGAAGCUGCGGCACGAGAAGCUGGUGCAGCUGUACGCCGUCGUCUCAGAGGAGCCCAUCUACAUCGUCACAGAGUACAUGAGCCAAGGCAGCCUGCUCGAUUUCCUGAAAGGAGACACAGGGAAGUUGUUGCGGCUCCCCCAGCUGGUGGACGUGGCCUCUCAGAUUGCAGCAGGCAUGGCCUACGUAGAGAGGAUGAACUACGUUCACCGGGACCUGCGGGCGGCUAACAUCCUGGUCGGGGACAGUCUGGUGUGCAAGGUGGCUGACUUCGGACUGGCUCGCCUCAUAGAGGACAAUGAAUACACUGCCAGACAGGGUGCCAAGUUCCCAAUCAAGUGGACAGCCCCCGAGGCAGCUCUGUAUGGCCGCUUCACCAUCAAGUCAGACGUCUGGUCCUUCGGAGUCCUUCUGACUGAGCUCGCCACCAAGGGCCGGGUGCCCUACCCAGGGAUGGUGAAUCGGGAGGUGCUGGACCAGGUGGAGCGUGGCUACAGGAUGCCCUGUCCGGCCGAAUGCCCCGACUCGCUCCACGAUUUGAUGCUGACCUGCUGGAGGAAGGAGGCUGAGGAGCGGCCCACCUUUGAAUACCUUCAGAGCUUCCUGGAGGACUACUUCACUUCCACAGAGCCGCAGUACCAGCCCGGAGAGAACCUCUAGAACUGAACCCACUGCCAGGGGUCUACCACUAGAGCGCGCUAUUCAAACACUGACCCUACCUUGCCAGGGGUCUACCACUAGAACGUGCUAUUCAAACACUGACCCUACCCUGCCAGGGGUCUACCACUAGAGUGCGCUAUCCAGCUGCUCCUGGGUUUAUUUCCAAUGAAUUUUAUUUUUGAAUGCUUGUAAAAGCAGGGAUUCCUUCUGAUUUCAGGUCCCUUUUUGAUAGGUGAUGCUGGGGCUGGUAUCUUCUCAACUGCAGUGUUUAGAAGGCUGCUUUGCUGAUCUUCGCCUUCCUGUUAUUUUUGAAUUCUGUUUUCUUGCUCAGUUAUGCUGGUAGGUUUUGUUUCUUGAAUGUGCCAUAUUCUCGAAUUCCCUGAGGCCUGCAGGCACUGGGAGUUGUGUAAAAGCGCCCAAUCAGUCAUUCCCAGGGCCUGUUAAAAACCAAAACCUGAUUUUGCUGAUUUUUUUCCUUGUGACUUGUUAAACAGAAAGUGUGUGAGGGGUAUUUUUUUAACUGUAGUCUUCCAAGCUUGUGGUCCUGUACUUCCACAGUCAAUAGCGACCUGGUUAAACUGGACUCUGGUGUGUGUGUUGUGCAGGGAUGUCACGGUGCUGACCCGACCUGGUUAAACUGGACUCUGGUGUGUGUGCGUGUGUGUGGGUGUUGUGCGGGGAUGUCACGGUGCUGACCCGACCUGGUUAAACUGGACUCUCGUGUAUGUGUUGUGCAGGGAUGUUACUACAAGCUGACAGCAGGAGUGUGUAUUUAGAUAGGUUGCCUGUAUUACAUGAGGCUUCCAUAACUUUGAGUAGAUAAAAUAUUUUUUGUACAAAAGUAGCUUCAAAUGUCAUUGUAAUGGCUGUAUUCCAUUCCCUUCUUUACUAUUUGAUGUGAGGCUUCAGUUGCUCCAAUACUGAGUUCUCAUUUUUCUCUAUUGUUUCUGCUUGUCUGGAGAAUCCAAAGUGCCAGGGCUGAACAGCCUUCCUCAUUCCAUUCAAUCAUGUGACUUUUUGACUAGCCCCACUAUUUCUAUGUAGACAUAGUGAAUAGGUAGGGCUGGCAGAGCUGGAAACAUUGUCACAUGAUUUGAAUGGAAUGAGGAGGAUGUUCAGUCCAGCACUUUGGCAGACAAGCAGCACCAAACAAUAGAGAAAAAUGAGAACUCCGUAUUGGAGCUACAAAAACCAAAACAUAGUAAGGGAUGUAAGAGUGCAAAUAAAAUGACAUUUGAAGCAAUUUGUAAUCCACACCCAGAAUGAGGGUCCCUGUCCAGCUGCACUGUAUACCAGCACUAGACCCCUAUCCCUGUCCGGCUGCACUGUAUACCAGCACUAGACCCCUAUCCCUGUCCGUCUGCACUGUAUACCAGCACUAGACCCCUAUCCCUGUCUGGCUGCACUGUAUAACAGUACUAAGACCCCUAUUAUCUCAUUAGCCAGACCAUAUAUUCAGAACUGAUUUAGUAUAACCUUCAUUAUUAACUACAAACCAGGAAACUACAGUCUAUGUGCGUCCCAGACAUCGAGUAGGGGUAGCGUAAGGUAGGGUAGGGAGGCUCCUCCACUGUGGUCAGUGUGACAUGCUUUUCAAACCACAGUACUUUCACUGGCAGCCACUUCAUGAUUCCAGGAUCCCUGUUGUAGUUUUGUUGUUUGUUUUUUGGCAAUUGAAAUGCAUACAGGUUUGGUUUGGUUUGUAUGUGUCUCCUGUUUGUACAAUAAUACUGAGUUCAUAGGAAAUGUGUUGCUGGCCCCUCUAAUGGCGACUGCAAGACCUUCUUCUACUAGUCACUGAUUUUAAAUUCCUAGCCAGGAUCUGUUUUCAUCCACAAAUACAUCUACAAUCUACAAAGAUCAAGGAUUGACUGUGUGUAUUCUGUAUUUUCCAUUUAGAAAUUCCUUUACCUUCCUCCAGUAUUUUCGUGCGUUUUGUGCAGUCUGUACCUUCAUAUUCAUUUGACACUUCUAUUACCGUGUUUAACCGUGUUUAAUUUGACCCCAGAUGGAAACGCAGAAUAAGAUCAUCCCAAAUCCUAAAUGGUUCUGCUCAUUUUUCCUCUAAAUGCCUCUUUGAUAUAACUGGCUAGGGGUAUCAUUCCAGCAGUCCAGGGUAUGUCUGCCAAUUUCAAAGAUGGCUGGUAUAAAUAAGGAUUGAGCUAUACAUGAACAAACCUACAGCUACGAUAAUGUAUGAUGAGCUGCAUACCCUUUAAGGAACUGUAAUCUGAUACAAUAGCAAGGUAAUGAUGAGCUGCAUACCCUUUAAGGUAGUGUAAUCUGAUACAAUAGCAAGGUAAUGAUGAGGUGCAUACCCUUUAAGGUACUGUAAUCUAAUACAAUAGCAAGGUAAUGAUGAGCUGCAUACCCGUUAAGGUACUGUAAUCUAAUACAAUAGCAAGGUAAUGAUGAGCUGCAUACCCGUUAAGGUACUGUAAUCUAAUACAAUAGCAAGGUAAUGAUGAGCUGCAUACCCGUUAAGGUACUGUGAUCUAAUACAAUAGCAAGGUAAUGAUGAGCUGCAUACCCUUUAAGGUACUGUAAUCUAAUACAAUAGCAAGGUAAUGAUGAGCUGCAUACCCGUUAAGGUACUGUAAUCUGAUACACAGAAUUGUGUCCCAUGUUGUGCAGAUUUCAGGACUUGGGGUUCAGGGGUCCCAGUUAAAGCGCCACUGCUACACAGUCCAAUGGGAGUGUGGUAGAUAGCCUGGCAAGCACUCUACUGUACAAUUGCCAGUCUUGAAUGCCAUGUGUAAGAGCCCAGAGUUAUAGAUCCCCCGAUUGAAAUAGAGACUUCCCAUGUGUAUCACUCCAGGAUAUACUGUCCUUACCAGUUGAUAGGAAUACAUGCAGUACAGGAUGAGCAGGAUACAUCAGAGACGGCUACUAGACUAGAAGUGAACAUUCACGUAUGGAAGUGUCCGAAUCACAUCUCUGCCUCCAUGUGGAAUAGAGAUCCCUGCAAUCAUGUUCACUUUUAAUACUGAAAUAUUGGAUCUUGGUGACCUGAAAUUAUUCUUCUGUUAGGCAGACCUGGUUGGCUUCCUAGUUUGUUUGUUUUCCCUAACGGUUCUUCCAGGUUCUUUUGACAUGGAUUUCCUGUAGAACAAAAAACAAUCUGCAUGUUUCCCAUAAGGGGCUGCAUAGACUAGUGGUGUUCUUUUCCGUUUAAAAGAUAAUAGAUGACAUAGUUCAUAGGGGGAAUUGUAAUAAGCCCUGCAUUCCUUUUUAUUUGUUUUUUAAAUGUUUAUUAUAAAUUACUGCAACAUGCAGGUCUGUAUAACUCUAUCUAUACAGAACUUAAUGGUCUAUUGAAAUAUUGAAUUUGAAAUAACGUACUGCUAUGUAAACAAUAAGACUACACCACUAUAACCUGCGUGCAUCUGAAAAGAAUUCAACAUUUACAAUCACUUAAAGGUUUGAAGUAGCUGUAGCUGACAAAAUAGUUCCGCUAUGCCCAUCCAUUCAUAAUAAAGCUCUCAAAUGUACAGUAUUGAAAGAAACACAAGUAAUAGCAAACACAUUUUCAUUUUAAAACACUAGGUUAAAGAAAUCUCUGUUUACAAGUUCUGCUUUCAGUCUUACACUUCCUGGAUCACCUUUAGAGAGAAAUCAUCCCCAUCCCUUCACAGCCAUGCUUCCAGCCAGGAACAAAAAAUACAGAACAUACAGCUAAUCUGAUAAGACAGACCAGCAACUAAAAGCGUCCUUUAACUUACAGUAGUACCAGAUAUCAUGUUUGAUGUUGAAAAUCCAUGUGCUGGAACAGCUUUCUUUACAAUCCAUGUGCUGGAACAGCUUUCUUUACAAUCCAUGUGCUGGAACAGCUUUCUUUACAAUCCAUGUGCUGGAACAGCUUUCUUUACAAUCCAUGUGCUGGAACAGCUUUCUUUACAAUUGCACGUUUGAUACCUAUGUAGCUACAGGAAGUGCGCAAUUAUUUUAUUAGUUUUACUUUAACAAAACUUCAGAUGGCGUUGAAUUGUUUUUCAUAUACCCGGUACUGUUUGAUGGUGUUGCAGUCAUUGAGUGGUUCUGUUCUUCCAAUAGGGAUCGUUUUUCUUAAACCCACCUUUACCUGUCUUUGGUGCCGGACUGCACAUCCUUCCUCAUUCCAUUCAAAUCAGGUGAUAAUGUAACCUUUCAGCUCACCUGCUCUUUGUCCAUUUCCAUGCAGACUUGGUGGGGCCAGUUGAAGUCACAUUGUCGCAUGAUUUGAAUGGAAUGAGGAAUGCUCUUCAGUUCAAGCACUUAGGAUUCUCAAGACAAGCUCAAAGCCAGGGAAUGGCAGAUAAAGAGAAAGAUCAGAACGCAACACAAGAGCAGCUGAACCUCUGAAUGAGAACACAAGAGCAGCUGAACCUCUGAAUGAGAACGAAACAAGAGCAGCUGAACCUCUGAAUGCGAACACGAGCAGCUGAACCUCUGAAUGAGAACACGAGCAGCUGAACCUCUGAAUGAGAACACGAGCAGCUGAACCUCUGAAUGAGAACGAAACACAAGAGCAGCUGAACCUCUGAAUGAGAACGAAACACAAGAGCAGCUGAACCUCUGAAUGAGAACACGAGCAGCUGAACCUCUGAAUGAGAACACGAGCAGCUGAACCUCUGAAUGAGAACGAAACACAAGAGCAGCUGAACCUCUGAAUGAGAACGAAACACAAGAGCAGCUGAACCUCUGAAUGAGAA